CUUUAUCUCUCUCUCUCUCCGCCGUCUCUCUCUUUCCAGUUCUCAGUGUGUCUCUCUGUCUCACACGAAAUCUCUCUCUAGAUCUGUAACUUAUCCCAAUUAGUCCCUCUCUCUUCCACUGUGGCGCCGCCGCCGCAACCCAAGGUAUUUCGCCAUCUCCUCCGCUUUGUCUCCAUCUCAGUAAGCUAUCUCCCUCUCUUUUUCCCCUAUCUAUCCGUUUCUCUCAUAAAUUUCUCUCUCUCGGAGGAACACCAUAGCGCUACAUCUCAUGGAUUUGCAGAAAGAUCCUCCUACCUCUUGUACUCUGUGGAAUUUCCAGAGUGUCCCGUAACCCUAGCUCUUGGAACUCACGUGAACUGUGUUUGUGUGUGUUUUAGCACUGUUUUAAAAUAAUGUAAUAAUUGUCUGAGAUUGACUGUUAUUUAUUUUGGAACUGAGGUUGGGGAUUAGGAGAACUAUCAGCUUCCUCUGGUAUGAAAUUUAGUUUUAAUAGAAUCAUUUUACUUUUUAGUUACAUGAGAUUUUACUUCGAUUACCCAAUAGACUGCAUUAUGGAGAACUCCGAGACGUAACUAUAAUCCUUUGUACUUUUUAAUGUAGCUUUAAUUUCAUUUGCAUCUCUUCUUCCUCAUUAUUUUGUCUUAUAGAUGCCUUCACAUUGAUAUUUUUGAAGAGCAUUGAAGUGCAGCUGCAUGUUCUGCUGGUCCUAAGUGCACAUUUCCGUGUUUAUAUUCUGGCCCUGGAGAAACUACAGUUGGAUAUAGCAACAUAUAGUGAUUUGAUUGGUGUGGAGACUAGAAGCACUGGUCUUGUAUUAGGAGGAAGGGAACCCCUGAAGAAUAGCUUUGCUUUUUAUGCUUUGGGGGAGAGGAUAAAAAUUAUGUGAAGUGGGGCAUGCAUGCAUUGGGGUGCUUGGUAGGGUAUGACCACUGCAAUGAAUGGGGCAUUGGCCUAAAAUUUCCCCAAUUUUGACCAUUACAAUGAAACGUUGUUACUCCCCCUUCAAAGGACCCUUUCCUUUAUAUCAUAAACCCAACUCUCUUCUCGAUUCAUGCAAAUCAAUGGCACAGAUCAAGCAAGCACAUGCCCAGCUGAUCACCACCGGCCUUCUCUUGAGCCCUAUCCAAGCCAAUAAAUUCCUUGAAAAGCUUGCCUUCUCAAGCUUUGGCUCCAUCCUAUAUGCACGCCAAGUGUUUGAUCAAAUCCCCUUUCCAGAUCUCUUCCUCCACAACACCAUGAUCAAAGCUCAUUCACUGUUGUUCAAUUCUUCCUAUGACUCUAUGAUUAUAUUUCGGUCAGUGGUCCGGGGUCUGAGCCUUACGCCUAAUCGUUACACUUUUGUGUUUUUGUUUAAAGCAUGUGGGAACAAUUUGGGGGUAUUGGAGGGUGAGCAAAUUCGAGUUCAUGCCAUAAAAGUUGGGCUGGAGGACAAUGUGUUUGUUACCAAUGCGUUGAUUGGGAUGUAUGUGAAUUGGGGCUUGGUUGAGGAGGCCAGAAGGAUGUUUAAUUGCAGCGUGGAGCGGGAUUUGUAUUCAUGGAAUAUUAUGGUUGGUGGGUACGUAGGGACAGGUGAUAUGGAUCAAGCUCUGGAGUGGUUUGAUCGAAUGCCUGAACGAGAUGUUGUAUCAUGGAGUACUGUCAUAGCUGGUUAUGUCAAGGUGGGUUGUUUCCUGGAGGCCUUGGAUCUCUUCCACAAGAUGCUGAAAACAGGUCCUAAACCCAAUGAGUUUACCCUGGUAAGUGCCCUGGCAGCCUGUGCAAAUCUAGUGGCAUUGGAUCAAGGAAGGUGGAUCCAUGUUUAUAUUGAAAGGGGUGAGAUCAAGAUGAAUGAACAAUUGCUAGCUAGCCUCAUAGACAUGUAUGCAAAAUGUGGACAGAUAGAAUUUGCAUCAAAGGUUUUCUGCAAUGAGCGUGGUCUGAGGAGGAAGGUUUGGCCUUGGAAUGCCGUAAUUGGUGGUUUUUCAAUGCAUGGAAAAUCCAAGGAAGCAAUUGAAGUUUUUGAACAAAUGAAGCUUGAAAAAGUUUCUCCAAAUAAGGUGACUUUUAUUGCCUUGUUAAAUGCUUGCAGCCACGGAAAUAUGGUCGAUGAAGGAAGAGGUUAUUUUGAGUCCAUGGCAAGUUGUUAUGGAAUUGAGCCUGAGAUAGAGCAUUAUGGGUGUAUGGUAGAUCUACUGGGCCGUGCUGGAUUCUUGGAGGAAGCUGAAAAGAUCAUAUCUAGCAUGCCAAUGCCUCCAGAUGCUGCCAUAUGGGGAGCAUUACUUGGUGCUUGUAAAAUCCAUAAAGACAUGGAAAGGGGAGAGAGAAUAGGAAAGAUAUUGAAAGAACUGGAUCCUAACCAUAUUGGUUGUCGUGUUCUUUUGGCUAAUAUUUAUUCUGCUUCCAGGAGAUGGAAUGAAGCAAAGGUUGUGAGAGAGGAGAUUGAAUUAAAAGGAAGGAAGAAAAUCCCAGGUUGCAGCUCCAUUGAAUUAAAUGGUAUGUUCCAUCAAUUCCUUGUGGGAGAUAGAUCCCAUCCCCAGACUAAACAGCUCUACCUGUUCUUGGAUGAGAUGACAACUAAGUUGAAGAUUGCUGGUUAUGUUCCACAAUUUGGAGACGUUUUGCUUGAUAUUGAUGACGAGGAAGAUAAAGAGACAGCCCUAUCUAAACAUAGUGAGAAGUUAGCUAUUGCUUUUGGCUUGAUGAACACAGCACCCGAAACCCCAAUUCGAAUUGUAAAGAACUUACGAGUUUGUGGUGACUGCCACGAAGCAACAAAGUUCAUCUCCAAAGUUUAUGAUCGAGAGAUUAUUGUCAGGGACAGGAUUAGAUAUCACCAUUUUAAAAAGGGAAGUUGUUCUUGUAAAGACUAUUGGUAGACAUGAAGAUUGGGUUUGCAAUGGAUCCAAGCCAAUCUCAAAUUGCAAGUUGUCCUAGUUUCCUGCACAAUAUACAAGAAUUUGGCUACUGUGCAUAACAUUCUUUCAGCCAUUUUUCUGCUGAAAAUGUACCACAUUGAAUUGGUAAUUCUAAGGGUGCCUCGUUUUUCAAGAUGCCAGGAACUUUGGUGAUUGAAAUAUGGUUAAGUUAACUUGCGGAUGAAUCAUCUUAAACUUAGGAGAACUAUCAGCUUCCUCUGGUAUUAAAUUGAGUUUUAAUAGAAUCAUCUUACUUUUUAGUUACAUGAAAUUUUACUUCAAUUAUCCAAAUGAGUGCAUUAUGGAGAACUCCAAGACCUAACUAUAAUCCUUUGUACUUGUUAAUGUAGCUUUAAUUUCAGAUGCCUUCACAUUGAUAUUUUUUGAAGAGUAUUGAAGUUCAGCUGCAUGUUCUGCAGGUCUUAAGUGCACACAUUUCCGUGCUUAUAUUCUGGCCCCGGAGAAACUACAGUUGAAUAUAGCAUCAUAUAGUGGUUUGACUGGUUUGGAGACUAGAAGCACUGAGUCUUUUUUUAAGAGGAAGGGAACCCCUGAAGAAUUGCUUUGCUGUUCAUGCUUUUUUUUUGAUAGGUAAAAGAGAUUUAUUAAAGUAAAUAGGCAUAGCCCAAGUACGCAGGAAGUAUACAAGAGAAUACACCUAAGUACAAUCUAAAGCAAAAACAGUACUGAGAAAAAGCAUUACAAAUGUUGAUAUCCCUCACAAGAUUGUUCACCCAAAAAUUUAAAGUGUUAAGGAAAAAGUCCCUAAAUUCCGUCAUUGUGCGUUCAUGAUCUUUGAAACACCUCCCAUUUCUCUCAAGCCAUAAACACCAGAAUAAGCAUAGGGGAAUCAUUCUCCACUCAGCUGAACUUCCUCUACUUCUUGCUGCACCUUGCCAGUAAGCCAAAAAUUCGACCACAUGAAAAGGUAUCACCCAAUCAAUGCCUACCUUUGCAAAUAAUUCAUUCCACAAAGCCGUCGCCAUUUCGCAGUGAAGAAACAAAUGGUUAACAGAUUCACCAUCGUUUUUACACGUGGUGCACCAGUCAUCACAUAAAAGCCCCUUUUGCUCAAAUUAUCGGUAGUUAAAACUUUCUCAAGCAACACCAACCAGCAAAAAAAUGCAACUUUACUGGGCACUCUAGCUUUCCAAAUACAUUUCCAGGGAAAUGUUAUAUUACCAUGACUAAUUAACACCUUGUAAUAGGACUUCACAGAAAAUCUGUUCUUAGUAUCAUGAAUCCACUGCAUCAUAUCAUCCGUGGUCUGGUCAAUCUCAGAACCAUAAAGUUUUGCAUAGAAAUCAGCAGCGUCACUCACUUCCCAGUCCUGUAAAUCUCUAGUGAAUUCCACAUUCCAAUUUAACAUGUUGUUAGAAAACAAGUAAGAAUCUGCCACAGCAGCCCUUUUACAUUUAGCAAUCCUGAAAAGGCUAGGAAAUGCUAAUUUAAGAGCUAAAUCACCACACCAAACAUCAUGCCAAAAAGAAAAAAAAAAAAAAACAAAAAAAUAUUGGACUCAGUCCCCACUUUGAAAUUAGUGUUUUUGAUAAAGUCCCCCUAUCCCAAUCAAAUGAACUUCCAUAGACCCACCCCAAACACCCCUUUUAUUUCAUUAGUACACCAAUUCCCCCACAUCCUUCCAUAUCUCUUUAUGUUUGGGGGAGAGGAUAAAAAUUUUAAAGGUUUUUUUAAAUACUUUUUAAAAAAUAAUUUCUCUGCCAGCUGUGAAACAUGGUUUUUGUGGAAGUCAUGCAUGUAGCUUCUCUUGGCAACCACUCACUUAAAUUUCAAUUUCAACUCUUUGGGCAUUGGCCUCUUUCUAUUAUAUUUGGCUUCUCUAUGAAAUGCUUAUUCCGUAGAUUAACAUUAAUUAGUUGCUUCCUAUAUAUUAUUUCACCUAUACAUCAAUAUUCCUAUGAGCUUAAUUUUGCUUUCUAAUUGUCAAGGCAGUCAUUCUUACACGCAUCCUGUGUAUUUAAGUUUCAUUCAUUUUCUAAUAAAUUGAAUUGUAUGAAGUCAAAGCAUGCUCCAUAUUUUUUAGUGAGGAAUCCAUAUUUUAUGAAAUUUUUGCAGGUAACAUUGAUACAUAUUCCUGCAUUACUUGCAUUAAAUGUUUCUAACUGAUGUUAAUGGAGUUUCGGUGGUUCUUACAAGUUUUAUUCAACAUAUUACGUUUACGGCAGUUUAUGGGAUGACUUACAUUAGAUUUUGAUCAUUACGUUUACAACUCGGAUUGUAUUGUACAUUCUCCUCUGAAUAAAGCAUCAUUCUCAUAUACUUGGGCAUUUGUCUGCCGCUAUAUAUUUUGAAGCUUCAUACGAAUACAAGAUGAUUCACGAGCACUGUAAACUGUGAAUUGUAUAUGUUUUUUUGGUGCCCAAAACCAAUUGGAUAAAUUAGUGAUUCUUUGCUUGAUCUUUGAGAUUAUCAGGUCCAUUUGCUGUCAUUGAUGAGCACUUCAAUUCAAUACUUCCAAAUUGUUACGAUGCAAUUGGCUUAAUUCUCAUAUUCUGGUUUCUACAUCAGCACCAGGGUUUGGAGUAUGGGGACUUGAUCUCCAUAAAUCCCCUCAUGGUGGGCCAUUUGCCCUUGUUCACUGUUAGUGUACUUAAAUCACUAAUUACUACUACAGCGCACUGGGAGAUGUCUAUCUUUUGGGAACUGUGAUGCUGGUUUUUGGAAUGGGUCUUUAUGAGCUCUUUGUCAGCAAUCUUGAUGCUGCCAAAUGACCAUUGAAGGAAAAACUUCCAUACAGAUCUAAUCUCUUCGGCUUAUUCACUCUAAAGAGGGUGAGUCUGAAACAUCAGAAACAUUUGAGGUGUCUGAGAUUCCUGCAAAUAGUCAAUCUCAUGUGUUGGGGAGCUUUUUGAACUUCUUUUGGCUGCCAACGAGUCCGUUUCUUGCAUACGCUAGUACUGUACCUGACUCUCUUUAGUUGAUCUAUCCUUAGAAUAUAUGAUUUCUUGUUGCGGAUCCUUCACUUUCUGCUAAAUGGUUUACCCAGUGAAGCUGAUCAUAUUCAAGUUUCCCCCAACAGGCAUUUAAGAUGCAGAAUUUGAAUUAUCGAGUCAAGCUGGGCACAAAUAACUCGAGUUCAAUGGAUGACCCAAGAUGAUAUAUACAUACACUAGCUCAAUGGUAUGCAUUGAUCCAUCGGAAAGAUGCGGUUGCACUUUAUAUUGGGGUAGUUGGUUUCUUAGGUAAUGGUAUUUCCAAGUUAUAUAGUGAAUUUGUUGUAAUCAUGAUUUUUACCGUCGAUGCUAUUUUGUCAAGUGGCCGGGUGAGUGCUUACAAACUAAAUUUUGUGCCUUCUUAUUUGGUGGAAGGAAAGGAAAUUAAGCACAAGGCAUUCAUGUAUUUAUUCGAUCUCCUUGAACUUGUAAGAGUUUAUGUCUUGUCGAUUCUUUAUCUGAUUGAUCAUAUUAUAUAGUAUGAAAAGGAAACAAAUUUAGUUGCA